ACAAUCCCCCCACCCCCACCCCCUACGAUCGAUCCAGCUUCCUCCUACCUUCCUCUCUCCCUCUCUCCAGUCUCCAUCUCCGGCCAGAGCCUCGCCACCUACAUAAGCAAAAUCCGGAGGCAUCUAUCUUUAAAGAAGUACAGCAUCAGAAGAGGAGAGGAGAGCAGAGGCGGAGAGUGAGGAGAGAGAGAGGUGUAGCGGAGGAGCCGUAGGUAGGUAGAGAGAGAUGGAGGUGGCGGUGCCUGUCAUGGCGCCGAGCGCGCCGUGCAGCCCAAGAACCGCGGCCGCCAUGGGCGGCGGCGGCAGCCACCUGCCCAGCUACUGCUACUUCUUCUCCAGCGCCCCCACGAGCCCGUCCAGGGCCAGCAGCUACGCCGCGGACGAGCAGGGCGACGCCGCCACGUUCGACUUCGCCUUCGGCUUCAGCGGGCAGCUCCGGGAGUCCACGCCCAUCCUCGCCGCCGCCGACGAGCUGUUCGAGGGCGGCAGGAUCCGGCCGCUCAACGGCCCGCGCUCAAGCGGCAGCGGCCUGCUCGCCGACGAGGACUACGCCUCCCUCUCCGUCUCCCCCCGGUCGCCGAGAAGAGCGAGGACGAUGUCCGCGGUGCGCGGCGGUGCAGGGGAUCGGGCGGAGGCGCCGGCCGAUCAGGGUCAGACGAGGGGCAGGUCCGGCCGGCCGGCCCCUGCGUCGUCCUCGUCGUCGGGCGUGUCGUCUCGCAGCAGGAGGGCCACGCGGUCUCUGUCCCCGUACAGGGGCGACCCCAUCGACGACGAGUUCUGCUCCUCCCCACCCUCCCCUCGCGGCGCCGCCUCCCUGAUGCGCGGCUGCGGGAGCGGCAGCCGCAAGUGGCGGCUCAAGGACCUGUUCCUGUUCCGCAGCGCGUCGGAGGGCCGCGCCACCGCCGGCAAGGACCCGCUGCUCAAGUACAGCAUGCUCAAGAGCGGCGGCGACGCGUCGAUGCGGAAGGGGAGGGGCUCGGCGGCGUCGGCGAGCGACAUGGCGCCGUACACGGUGAGCCGGGCGGCGGCCGAGGAGAUGCGGCGGAGGACGACGACGCCGCUGCCGUUCCACCGGAACAGCCUCUUCGGCUACUUCCGGUCCAACCCGGCCAUCCACUCCAUCAGCCGCAAGCUUAGCAGCUACUCCUCGUCGAACUCCAACCGCGGCCGGAACGCCGCCGCCGCCGCCAACUGACAGCCGACGACGCAGCUCGCUCGCUCGCUCGCGCGCACAUGCAUGGCAUGCUGGCUACUUUGGCAGUAGAAAAAAAGGGAAGGAAAGAGAACAGUUUUAUUCGUUUGCUCCUGCUUGGUUCGCCCUCCUCGAUCUGUAUUCUUUCUUUCUUCGUGUGUGAAUCACCACAAAGGUUUUCAUACAAGUGUAGAUAAGCUAUGUACCUACGAGCA